UCCCCGAAUGCGAGGCCGACUGCCGCGGGGCCGCAACCUCUGACAGCGCGACCUGCCUCACGUCCACAGGGGCUGUGGUGGACCGCCCUUUCCUGCGUCCAGAGGAACAAGCGCCGGGCCAUGACGACUCCCCGACUCGCGACAGGAAGCUCGGCAGCGCUGCCGCGAAGUCGACGACAGCCGGCGGCGACUCCCGCCUAACGCAGCCGCGGCCGCCCCCCCCCUCUCCGUUUCUGCCCCAGAAGCUGCAAGCCGCAGGAGGUGCCCGCGAGAUGACGUCACUUUGCGGCGACCGACCGUCGGUGGACAGCUCGCUGAAAGCAUUCAUGGCGGAACUUGUGCGAGCGCCAUCUCCCGACAGCGCCUGCGAACAGGACGAGCCAUGGAGCCCACUGGUAGCCGGCAAGCAGGGUGGUGCGACAGAGGCCUCCGGCUGCUCCGGGGACGACACGCAGAGCGAGUGCUCGGACGCCAGCAACCAGGCUUCCUCUUCUUCGGCCGCGGGCGCCAACCGUUCGUCGGCCACCUCCGCUGACGACGAGUACGCCGGCGCGGAGAUCCGCGCCUCGCAGCGCCGGGUGCCUCCUCCUCCUGGCAGGACCAGCGCUCCGGUGAACCAGGACAGCGACGGUGACUCCGGCAUCGACGGCUCGGUCGACCGGUUCUCGCAACGGGUCGGGUCCACCUCGUCGGCCGACACCGAACCCUCCUCGUGCAACGACGGGCCCGUAGAAAGGCGCGAGAGCACGACCCCUAGUGGUGGCAACGACGGAGGCUCCAGAACCUCGUACGUAUCGGGGCCUCCGCGGGUGCACUUCGACGAGGGCCUACCGUUCUCGGAGCAGCACAUGCGCCGCUCCUGCAGGCAGCUCAUGGCCGCCCUGUACGCGUCCUCUUCGUCGACACGAGCAGGACAGCUGGACCCUCGCUCCGCGGGACGGUACCGAAGCUUCUCCCUGCCUGUGCGCGCCUUCGAAGAGGACGAAUCGUGCGCUUUCAAGAGGCUCUCUGUGCCCGCUGCCCGCACGCUGCCUUCCAGCUUCGACGUCGACGGCAGAAACGCCUCCUCUCACGCCAAGUUGUCCGUCGCUCCGACAGUUUACGCAAACGACGUUUUGCCACCGGGGCCUCCCGCUUCGGUCAGAUCCGACUGGCCAAGCUGUCGUCGAUCGUCACUUCCACCGGUAACCGAUUCCAUCAAGUCCAGUUCCUCCUUCGCGUUGCCACCAGCCGACACGAACGAAUCUCUUCGGCUCGGUCGCGAUGUUCCAGUGUCUGCGCCCAGUGAACCGACCGCGUCGUCUACGAGCAAGCACCCGGCCUACUGCAUAUCCGCAACGUUCAAGUGCUCCAAGGGAAUCCAUUCGGCGUCUUCGCUCAAGGAUGCUGCUUGUGGCGUGCCGGCGAACGCCAACUACCCUGCCCGCAGUAUUUCGGGCUCGGCCCAAUACGCGAAGGAAGCUGCUUUCACGAAUGGACAAUCUUCGCACGACAAAUCCCGGAAGGAGCACUACUCAUUUGGUGGAACGAGCCGUGACUCGGACGGCCUGAACCCUAGCCGAGAUCAGGGAUUGACAAAUAAUAGGUGUUCAGGGGAGGCGCACAUUUCGGAGCCGACAACCUGCGACCUGAGGACCGCCGAGCCGGUUCGCACGGCACCCAGGGAAGCCGUGGUGACCCGGGUGCAGCCUACUCGGCCCGUUUCUAGUCACUCGACGACGACGUCGUCAUUGUCGGGCCCCAAGCCCAAGACGACGCUACCGCCUAAGGCGCUACCGCUGUCCUUGCCCGGGAUGCCGCCGAAGACUUCGGCCACCAGCCGGGGCUCUUCCGUGCCGGACACCGGGACGAUGCGCGUGCUGUUCGCGCGGCCCGCGGCUGUCGUUCCGGAGCCAUCGCAGCCUCUGGCGUCGCACGCCGAACCGCCGUCGGCGACGGCAUCUAUUCGCGGCGUGCGGUCGCCGAGUGCCCGGCGCUCCUUCUUGAGCGCAGCACGCCCGUGCACGCCCACCGGGCAGCACGGUUCGCGUCGAGACGACGACGCGGCGCACGGCAGGGCGCCGGCGGUCGCCAACGGAGUCCGCGGAUCGCUGCUCCUGGGCCGGUCCAAGAAGAACAAGAGCUCGGACGACCUGGGCCGCUCCGGCGGCCAGAAGAGCCCGUGCUGCGCACCUCGCGAGGCGCCUAGCUGCUUUGCGGGUGCUUCCCAGGGCGCCCCUCUGACGGCCGACGCUUCACCCAAGAGCACCAGCCUGCCAACGCUCGUGCACCAGGGGGUCACUCUGAACGGCAAAGGUCCGGCGAAGGUGGUCAAAGGUGGCGUCGAGUACGCCGUGGUGACGCGCAAGCCUUCGUACCACCAUGCCGUGCUCUCCCCGAUCCCGCGUAUCACCAGCUCACCGUGCGUCAUGGACGACGCCGAGCCACCGCUGCCACCUCGCAAGUCCAUGCACAAAAGCGACUUCGCCCUGUACUACGGCCCGGCAUCAUCGUCCAGCUCACUGAACGGCAGCGGCACAGUCACCCAGAACGGCUCGGUCUCGCACGGCGGGUCCACGACGCGGCUCUUCGACCGGGUGCAGGGCAUGGGGCGCAGCGCCAAGUCGGCGCUGCUGCGUGCCUUCAGCACCGAGCGCAUCUACCGGCCGCAGAAGACCGAGACGGCCGCGGUGGCCAGGGACCGCCGACGGGAGAUCCUGGACGGCGCCGCUAACCUAACGGCAAACCCCGCGCUGCCUCUGUCGUCGCCUUCGCCCUCGCCUUCCGCAUCGUCUACGGCGUCCCUGGUGAUGGGACUGAAGGCCCGGAUGAGCCUGCGCAAAAGCAAGCGGCGAUCGCGCCAGGAGGCCACCGGCAUCCAGAUCAACGCCGCUCCCGACAGCUCCUGCAGUGACCCGCUGUGGGCCGGCGGUCACCCUACUCACGUCAGCGCGCAGCUGCUGCAGCAGAACCUGGACGGCACGCAGGUGGUUGAACUGCGCCGGCCUCCAGGACGCUCCUUCGGGUUCUUCCUGGCCAGGGGGAGAGUGCACGCGCACCACGGUGUGUUCGUGUCUCGCAUGCCCGACGCCCACACGCAGCAGGUGUUGCAAGGGCUACUCGACAUCGGAGACGAAAUACUCGAGGUGAAUGGCACUGAUGUUCGUGAUGCGGACAUCAUGAAGGUGAACUCGCUCAUGACCAACCAAAGCACACUACUUCUCACCGUGCUGCCUUACAUCUGUCGAAAAGACAUUUGAUGCAAGACUGGCUAUGAACAACCCACCAAACAAGGGUUGGCUCUGCACCAUCUCAUGACAAGUCAGCUGUUUUCUGCAGUGAGGAACUGUCAUCUGCAGUGUCACCUAUUGGGGAAACUUGUAACAUAUAUAUCCAGGUAAUACUGAUUCCACGAAUGCAGCUGCAAAACACUUUCCACACCUCCUUGAAUUGUGAUUACGCAGAUGUUAUACAUUCCAUUUAUUGCCAUCUCAAUCUUCUGUAAAACAGUUAUUUUGAUUGUCCUGGCCUAUCCUGCGAACAUGUGAUAUGAGGCCAUGCACUAUGCAAAUUGUUUGUAUUUUGUUUUAUAUCUCCAUUUGAAAAGUGUACCUCAUCAAUGUUCUCAGUGUUUGACUCCUUGUACUUUCAUGUGUACAGCACUUGUUCACUGAAGAACACAAUGUCUUUAAAACACCUUCACAGUAUUGUACCAUUUUUCCUAAGCAUAUUUUAGAUGUCAAAGUACCUAUCACAAGUGCCUGAUGGUUGUUCCAUCACAUUCUUGAAUGUUAUUCUCCUGUUUCAUUACAACUUUCUGAAUGUUUUCAUGUUGUACAGAGCAUAUUUAUUGCAUGUUUACACUCAGAACAUAUUUCAUGAUUGUUUUAAACAUAGCAAUAUAGACACAAUGCAAAGUACAGGCAAGCUACCAACACAACUUGCUGAUCCUUAAACUAUAAGCAUUUGUCAAAACAUAUGUAGUGAGAACACAGUUGUGAAAAUCAAAAUGGCAUUUUAUCAUUUAACUAUCUCUUUGAUGAGAGGGGAUUGACAUCGUUGCUUUUCACUCUAUCUGCUUCAAAUUGUUGCCUGUUGAGCUAGAAGCUCAACUCAGCAACAUUAGACUCUAUUGAGAUGCUGUAACUCAGUUCACUUUUUGUCCAUUAAGAGUGUUGUACUGAGGAGCCAAUAUAAUCUGAAGAUAAAAAGGAACAUUUGCUCUCCAUGGAAAUGAUCUAAAAGCAUUGUGCACUCUUUUAUGUUAACUCUAGAACAAGGCAUGGGUCCUACAUUACUGGAAAGUAUGCUGAGUGGGGAAACGAAUGUGGCAAUUGAGAAUGCUGAACUCAGAAUGCUGAAAAGUCUUGGUUCCAGAUUUUUUUUAAUUUUAGGCCAGGUUUUUAUAUUUACUGAUGGUGAAAAACAGGGUAAAUGAAAGAAAAUCGAAGUAGAGGGGUAAUAAUCCAAAUGCAACGAUCUUGAAGCUAUAGUUUGGGCUUGAUGCCUGUUUUAAAGAAAAUUUUCAUUCUUUGAAAGGCAGUUCGCGUAAAAAGAGUAGUAUAAAAUACCUUCCCUGAAAGUUUAGUGAUGUCGGCCUACAUCAUUCCUAUUACAAUAUAAAUGGCUUUCUCAUUUAACGGUCACAGAAGUGGCCUUCCUGAAAUAUUUUUUUCUAUCUUAAGAACAGCACACAAAGAAACACGGUCAAGAAAUAAGAUGACAGAUUGUGUGCUGACUCACAACUGCUGGCGGAAGAACAAGCGUGAUAUGUUAUUAGGAGCAUGCUCAUGCAGCCCAGGCUGCAUGAGCACAUUAUCACGCACAUUAUGUGUGCGUGAUAAUGCCUAAUCUGUUUUAGAUGAAAAUUCAAUUAACUCUGUGAUAAUGACAUUGAAGGGUAACUCAUGCAGACAUCUUUUGCUUUACAAAUACAGAAUACUUCUACUAUUUCCCUUAUGAGUUGAUUACUAUGACGGUGAAUGAUAGUGCAUUGCUCAAAACAGGGUUCGCAGCCACAUGUGCCACAAUGCACUCCGAUGUGCGACAGCCUAUGAUUCUUGCUGACCCUUUCAAGCUCUUUCAAGUGCACCUGUAUGCAGUGACCCGUCUGCCCUAUAUACACACUUCCGCAUGAUAAUGGCAACUGGUACACCACACCCUUUCUACAGGGAAUGAAUGUGGACUUAUGCUUAACGCCGCACUGCACGGAAACAUAAAUCCUUUUUCCAGAUUUUCGUUGAGCCGCGGUGCCUUUUCCACUCAUUUUCGUUGGUGCCGCGAAAAAACCAUGUCAACCCCUUACCUUCCUAUCACGAUUUUUAGGCCAUGCGACAUACACUGCACAUAUCGCAUGACAGCCUGAACCUUUUGUGGAUUAUUUAAAGGAGCAUAAUCCGGGAUUGUGUGGCGCGCUUAGUGUAGACAUUGUGGACUUUUUUAUGCGAUGCCCCAAACACAACUACUCAGUAGCGUCUAGGCAUGCAUAACAGAGCUAAACAAUGAAGCAGCGUUUGUUGCAAAAUGCCAAUUGUCUGUAGAAUGCUUUCUGGAAUUGCUAACGUUCUAUUUGCUAUCAACAAUAAUCGAGUGGGAAAGUGUAAGCCUAGUGCAGAAAAAUGGAGUAUGCAUUGGAUCGCACAUAGCAUCAGUGCUCGGCAAAAUGUUUUUAAGCUUUGUAGAUAGGACGUUGCCAAGUUGCUUUGACACCUAUGUGCUUGUCCACCUUUCGAUAUGUGGACGAUUAUCUUGUCCCAAUGGAAAAAGGCGAUAUCGUUUGCAGGAUCAAUGGUGUUCUGGAAAUUUUCAAAGAAACUGGAUAUGGUUUUAAAUUCACUUGUGGAAUGUUUGAUGUGGGUGUUAUACAGUUUAUAGAUUUGAAGUUGAAAUUUGACCAUAUUUGUUGGAAGUACACCCCUCACUCAGUAAAACCACUCUUAGACUACACUUCAGCACACUCUAAGCUCAUUGAACGGGGUAUCGCAGUCUUGUGCCUAAAAGCAGUGCUGUGUAAGUCGUGCCCAGAGACUACUCGGGAGAGCUUCGACUUGCAAGUGCGUAGGCUGAAACAUUCUGAUUACCCAGCACAUUUGCUCACCCAUUCUUGCAAGAUUAUUUCUUGGCUAAAAGAAGGUGACAAAUCACUCGAACGAGCAAAGAUAUGCAAGGUGGCUGUAUAAUGCCAUGUGUGUAGGUCAUAUGGCCUGAAAGUGUGGCAUUAGGUAUGGGGUUGAUGUGCUGUUUCGGCACCAAGGACAAUGAGUGACAUUUGCGCCACUGUUCAGCGAAAAUCAGAGAAAAGGAUUUCUUUCCGACAGCUGCGGCGUUAUGCAUAAGCCUGCAUUCGUUCCCUGUAGAACGGGUGCAGUGUGCCAGUUUCCAUUAUGAUGCGGAAGUUUGUAUAUAGGGCAGAUGGGGCGCUGCAUUAAUGUUCACUUGAAAGAGCAUGAAAGGACCAGCAGGAAUGAAAGGGUGUUCUACAUCGGAGCACAUUGUGGCACAUGUGGCCGCGAACCCUGUUUUGAGCAAUUCACAGUCAUAGUAAUCGACUCGUAAGGGAAAUAGUAGAAGCGUUCGGUAUUUGUGAAGCAAAAGAUGUGUGCAUCAGUCACUAUCAAUGUCAUUAUCGCCGAGUGAAUCGAAUUUUCUUCAAAAACAGAUAGAUAUUAGGAAUUACCAUGCACGCAUAAUUUUGAGGUCUGGGCUGCACGAGCAUACUCCAGAUUACAUAUCACACUUAUUCUUGUAUAUCGUUUUUGGAGUGCAGUUGACAUGAUCGUGUAUAAAAUAUGUGUUCAUUUCAAUAAACUUCUCAACUGCGAGUCAGCGCUCAUCCUGUCGUCGUCUUUCCUGUCCAUGUUUACUUGCGCUGUUCUUAAGAGGAAGCUUAACCACCUUGUCCAAAUGUCUGUUCUCCUAAAUUUUCAAACUUUACCUGGCCCCACUGAAAUUGGUUUCUUUGAAUUCUAGCUUCUCCUACAGGGUCAACACUAAAUAAAAAAAUAAUUUUAAUGCAUAGACAAAUAAAGAAACCCCUAGAGCUUUAGGCAUCCCUUUAUUUGAAAUAAUAACCUGCGGAGAACUGACAUCCUCAUACCAGCAUCAGUGUGGGAUUGCAAAACAGAACAAAUCUACAUAUAUCGGUACUGAGAAAUCAAAACUUCUUCCUAUGUUCUUUCACCUCAUAUUUUGCUCAUCUCAUUUUAUUAAUCUCUGCUAAUUAUCUCACAUGCGAUGCUACCACAAUAUUUCAGCGAAUAUAAAAUCGAUUCUCUUGUUAGAAAGUAUACCUUAAGCAUUUCUGCAAGCCACCAUUCAUGAGUUUGAGGUAAUGUCAACGUGUUAUGAAGGUCAGAACAAUCGUACCAUUGCAAUGUAUGUGAUGAAAUCUUUAAAAAUGCACUAGUUUUACCGCACUACAUAUGCACUACUGUGAAUUGAAUGUGUGUACUUUGAAUGUGGGCCAAAUCUGGAAGUUCAUUGUAUGGUAUCCCUUAACAACUUUUCGUUUUGUGUGCACUUGUUUAUGCUAUCUGUUGUUAGACUAGUGAAAUUUGUGUGCACGAUGACAAUGGCAUGAUUGUAAAAGAUUUAAUGAUUGACUUAAUAACGGCUUUGAUUUUGCAGCGGCUUGCCUGUUAUUAUAAAAAAAAACUGCUCUUUUUGUCUCUGGAUGGCAUUGCAAUAACUUUUGUGUACCAUCUACAUUAAAAAUUUAAAGGACACACUGUAAUGACAUCUGCUGUCCCAGGGCUCUGUAGUUAGUCUUAUGUGCUACCGCUGGUACUAUUAACAUGUACAAAUGAAGAAAUGUUGAUUCUUUCUAGGCCUUUAGAGCUCCAUCAGAGCUAUGCACUGAAGCCCCUCUAUCGUGUUGAGCGACUUGUGGAGUGCCCUUUGAGGAGGUUUUGACACGGAGCAUGUAAUCUGUUAAUCUGUCACGCAUGUUUAUAGUGAAGGAGUGUUGCAAUCUGCAUAGCUUUAUCGUGUGUACCUGCUGGCUGGAGAAUUUUGCGAGUGUGCGCUUCAGUGGGGGUAGGCUACCGACACUUGUACUUUGUAAUGCACAACUAAGACAGCCACCAAAGUGGGUGAUAAAAGACUCGCCUGGGGGGGGGGGGGGGGGUGGCGUCGCUCUUGUGUAAAUGUUCACCUAGUGGACUCUUCAUUUUGGUCGUUGCUGAUUGGCUGGAGCUGAACCAGCCAGAAGGAAACUGGCUGUUGCCUGUUACCUUCAAGCCUAUCGGCACCUCAGCAGCAGCUGAAAUUCACAUGUCCACUAGGUGGACAUUUACAAAAUAACCGCCCGCCCUGCCCCUCACCCUUGGUCUAGUGUACAUGUUUUGGUUUGCAGGAUAUUCACAAAACAAUUGAAAAGAAGACACUUGGAACAGCAACUAGCCCACAUGGAAUUGUAUGCUCAGAAGCAUGUGGUCUCGAACCAGCUGGCAGUGGUUGAUUGUGUUUACUGAUAGUUUAGAGAACAUCGCACCUGAAAAUUCAACAGGGGUCUGAAAUGUUGAUCUGCGUGUCUGAAAAGAGCAUUUAGAUCUUUUCACCCCCCGACCACCCUGGUCGGGGGGUUUUGUACCUCGCAAAUCGGCAAACCUUGUAAAAUAAUGCAACCGGGAGCUGAACUGGCAAACUUGGGUUUGGUGAUGUGACAAAUGCAUCUGAAAUAUAAGACUACAUUCAAUGGACAUAAAGGCAACUGGCAUUUAACAGACGAUAUGCUGAUCUCCGCCACCCAGACAUUGUGGGCCUUGUCAAAUGUGAAGCCGUAGACUUGAACAAAACAGUGCAAAAGGGUUAUGCCUUUGUUGUUUGUCCUUUACGUUGUGUCAUAAGUUUAGAACCACUAUGAGUGGUAGUAGCUAAUUUUGACGGACUAAUAUAGAUGAUAGGCCAUCAGCGUGUGCUUAAGUGCGGCCUGCUAUAUUAACGGAGAUUUUAUACCAGAUGCAUGAAAUUUAAUGUUGGAAUAAUAAAGCACCCUUCUGCAACAAAAAAUGUGUCAUGUGUUAUUCUAGGCACUGGUGCCGGUUGUGAAAGUGAGUGCUCGCGGUCAUCGAGCGAGACGUGUUCAUGUUUUAUGGGGCACGCGUGACACCAUGCUUAAUUUAGUUAGUAAGCGAAUGUUUACUGCAAUUUAUACGGGUUAAUACUACAAACUUUACUUCGUGGAAUUGUGGAAUACACUUAUAUCGCUAUAAAUAAUUUGCCUUUCCGUCGAAACUGUGUCUUUUUGAAGCACACUUUUUUGAGUAAAAUUAAUGCAGUCUCUGUUGAGCAGCCAUUUCGGGAGACUGAGAAUGCAUCGCAAACUUAUUCUGUAGAGAAUGUUGUGAUAAAAUAAAUUUCACAGAGCCUUUCAGAAAGCC